AUGCCUAAAUUCAUUGUUAACACAAAUAUAAGCAAGGAUAAAGUCCCAGAAUCUUUUGCAGGGGAGCUCACCCAACAAUUAUCAAAAGCAUUGGGCAAACCAGCACAGUAUCUAGCAAUACAGAUCUGUCCUGACCAGGUGAUGUCCUUUGGUGGCUCCACAGACCCUUGUGCUGUGUGCUUUCUCUACAGCAGUGGAAAGAUAGGGGAGCAGGAGAACAAGGGCUACUCCAAAUUGCUUUGUGAGCUGAUGAGCAAACAGCUGAAAAUACCAUCUGACAGAGUCUACAUCAGCUUCUUUGACAUCAGGGCUGGCAGUGUGGGCUGGAAUAACAGCACCUUUGCUUGAGGUGCCCUGGGGUGAUCACAGCUGAUUCCUGAAC